GCAGAAAUGCAGACUCCGUGUGACUCUUGAAAAGUCAAUUUAGGGAGUUUGCUUGCCGAGCUGUUUUCCAGCUGCACUAAAAUGCCCAGCUACACGGUGACUGUUGCCACAGGUACUCAGUGGUUUGCUGGAACAGAUGACUACAUUUACUUGACCCUGGUGGGAUCUGAUGGAUGCAGUGAGAGAACCCUUUUGGAUAAACCUCUCUAUAAUGACUUCGAAAGAGGAGCGGUGGACUCAUAUGACAUCAAUGUGGGAGAGGACCUGGGUGAAAUUCAACUGAUAAAAAUUGAAAAGAAGAAAUACUGGAUGCACGAUGACUGGUACUGCAAAUACAUUACAGUGAAGACGCCCUAUGGAGACCACAUCGAGUUCCCUUGCUUUUGCUGGCUAGUCGAUGACAAGGAGGUGAUCCUCAGAGAUGGCCGGGCUCGAUUGCCUCAGCAUGACAAGACCGGGCUGGCGAAACAGCACAGACGCAAAGAGCUUGAACAGAGACAAAAGACAUACAGAUGGAAGGAAUGGCACCCUGGCUUCCCAAUGAGCAUAGAUGCCAAAGCCCAUAGUGAGCUGCCACGGGACAUUCAGUUUGAUAGCGAGAAAGGAGUGGACUUUGUGCUCAACUACAGCAAAGCGAUAGAGAACCUGUGUGUAAACCAGUUUAUGCACAUGUUCCAGUCCUCGUGGGGUGACUUUGCAGAUUUUGAGCGAAUAUUUGUGAGAAUUAAGAACACAAUAUCAGAGUAUGUGAUGCAACACUGGAAGGAAGACUUCAUGUUUGGGUACCAGUUUUUGAAUGGCUGCAAUCCUGUCAUAAUCAGGAAAUGCACAGAGAUACCAGACAAGUUUCCAGUCACACACAAAUGUGUGGAGGACAGUCUGGAGAGAGGUCUUACUCUGGAGGAAGAGCUCAAGGCAGGAAACAUCUUUAUUGCUGACUUUGAGAUAUUAGAUGGGGUAACAGCAAAUGCUACAGACCCGUGCACACUUCAGUACUUGGCUGCACCCAUCUGUCUGCUGUACAAGAACAUUCAGAACAAAAUCAUGCCAAUCGCCAUUCAGCUGGGUCAAACACCAGGGGAGGAAAACCCUAUCUUCCUCCCAAGUGAUGAACAGCAUGACUGGUUGCUGGCCAAGAUUUGGGUGAGAUCUGCAGACUUCCACAUGCACCAGACAGUCACACAUCUUCUUAAGACACAUCUGAUAUCUGAGGUCUUUGGCAUUGCCAUGUUCAGACAACUGCCUGCAGUUCAUCCUGUUUUUAAGUUGCUUUUACCUCACAUCCGUUUCACCAUUGCCAUUAACACCAAGGCCCGUGAGCAGCUCAUCUGUGAGUGUGGACUCUUUGACAAGGCUAAUGGUACAGGUGGAGGUGGCCAUGUAGAGCUGGUCCAGAAGGCCAUGAAGACCUUCACCUACAAGUCCCUUUGUUUCCCAGAGGCCAUCAAAGAUCGAGGCAUGGACAGUCAGGAGGAGCUACCAUACUACUUUUACAGAGAUGAUGGCAACAGAGUCUGGGAGGCUGUGAAAAAUUUUGUGUCAGAUGUAGUGGACGUCUAUUAUGACAAGGAUGAGACUAUUCAAGAGGAUGAAGAGGUCCAGGCAUUUGUUAAAGAUGUUUGUAGCUUCGGAAUGCAAGAUUUUGACUAUUGUGAGUUUCCCAAGACAUUGCAAACAAAAGAGCAGCUAGUGGAGUAUCUAACUAUCAUUAUCUUCACUGCUUCUGCACAACAUGCUGCAGUAAACUUUGGUCAGUUUGACUGGUGUUCAUGGAUUCCCAAUUCCCCCCCAACCAUGCGGAAGCCUCCACCUACAAAGAAGGGUGAGAUAGAUCUGAAGUACAUAGUGGACAGUCUGCCUGAUCGGGGACGAUCCUGCUGGCAUCUUGGAGCAGUGUGGGCCCUCAGUCAGUUUCAGGAAAAUGAGUUGUUCUUAGGCAUGUAUCCUGAUGAGCACUUCAUCGAUAAACCUGUGAAGGAAGCCAUGGUGAAAUUCCGCAAGAAACUUGCAGAAGUGACCAUGGUCAUCAAGACCCGAAAUGAAGGAAAAAAGCUGCCAUACUAUUAUCUGUCUCCUGACAAAAUCCCAAACAGUGUGGCUGUCUGAUUUUACAGUAACAGGUGAACAGAAGAGUAUUUUAUGGGUUAAAGUUGAUGUGUGUAUUUUGUCUUUGUCAAAAUACUUUCUCGUAUGCCAGCUUAAUAUGCAAAGACAACUAGAUAGUAAGCCAUUUGUAGGUUGACUUCGCUGAAAAGUUUGUGAUGUAAAAACUGUAUGAUGUGGUGCAAUCAAAAUGUUGCUGUGUUUGUUUUUGUGUCUCAACCAGUCAGUCAUAGCAACACUGGCUCAACCAAUGGUAUGAGUUUGGGGUGAGACUACCUGUUUGUCAGACCAAUGUAAGAAGGGAGGAGUCUCCAUGAAACCUGACCAAAGUCAUUAUUUUGCAAUUCGCUAUGCAAAACGCUAAUGAUGCAGAAAUUACACCUCUUCACUUUUAAGCAGCCUGAUAAAAAAAGGAAAAGUUAGCAAUUUCAUAUAUCAAGUUGCCUGAGUUAGAGGAUUUUCAUAAUUUUGUGUAUUUACAUUUAAUUUGUAAGUAAUAAUCAGGAAAUCAUACAGAAAAUAUGUAAUUAUAAGGUUUUGAUUUGUGUUGUACCCCAAAAUAAUUUUAUGCCUGCUUAUAUUAUAUUAAUGAGUGUAUUUUUUCCUUGUUUAUUUUACCCAAAUGUCAAAUAAACUAAGAUUACAUUUUUUUUAUUUUUUAUCACAAAGCUGAAUAG